AUGCAUCAUGUGAUGCCAUCGCAUGCCGCAGCCCCCACUGUCAGACACUCCGUGCCCACCUUGACCGGGGCGCUACGGCCAGGUUGCAGAUGCAGGCCCGGAGCUGGCGCAGGGGGGGAAGGGGGGCGGGUAGCACCGCAUCCGGCCAGGCCAGGUGCAGGGUGA